GCAUGUAAAAGGCUGUAACGCGACGCGACGAGAACACGCCCUCAGAGAGCUGCAGUCACGUGAAGCCUUUAAACUGGCGCCAUUUUCUGUGAAGGCUCCUAUUCUGCCGCAGUCUGCGUCGCGUCCUGCUGCCUCUCUGUGUUCCAGAAAAACUGAGCAGGUGAUUCAACAUGUCUGACGAGGGAAAGCUCUUCAUUGGUGGUCUGAGCUAUGAUACCACAGAGCAGUCCUUGGAGGAGGCUUUCUCUAAAUAUGGAUCAAUUGCCAAAGUUGAUGUCAUCCGGGACCGUGAGACCGACCGCUCCAGAGGAUUUGGCUUUGUGACCUUUGAAAAUCCAGAGGAUGCAAAGGAUGCCAUGGCUGCAAUGAAUGGAAAGUCUGUUGAUGGCCGCAUGAUUCGCGUUGAUGAAGCUGGCAAAUCUGGUAGACGGUCUGGUGGUUUCAGAGGAGGUUCUGGAGGUGGCAGAGGGUUCUUUAGGGGAGGAAGAGGUAGAGGUGGUGGAGGAUAUGGUGGAGACCGAAGCUACGGGGGUGACAGAAGCUUUGGUGGCGAUCGGGGCUAUGGUGGAGGUGACCGAUCCUAUGGUGGUGGAGAUAGAGGCUAUGGUGGAGGAGAGAGGAGCUAUGGUGGAGGUGACCGAUCCUACAGUGGUGGUGGUGGUGGCGGCGGAGGAUACUCCAACAGGAGUGGUGGAUACUCUGGUGGCAGCGGCGGUGGAUACAGGGAUAACAGAAGCCAGGGUGGAUAUGACCGUUCUGGUGGAUCCUACAGAGACAGUUACGACAGUUAUGCUUCACACGAGUAAAAAAAAAUCCUGAUUGCAAGAUCAUCCCUUCGCUGGCUGUAUAUAAAAAGAUGCGCUCUUGGAAGACCUUUUUGUUUUUACUUUUUUCUUUACGUUUUGUGUUCUGGUUCAAAUGUUCUACUAAAGACAGACUCCUUUUUUUACCGUGUCAAGUAUCCGCUGGAUGUUCCUCUCAUUGAGGAGCUGCCUAAUAUCCAUGAGCAUUCACUUCCUGUUAGAAUUUCAAGCCCUGUGAGGCUACCUGUAUCUGCCAUUUUUACCUUGCGACUGUGUAUAGAUGCUCACAGAGGUUUGAAAUUGUCCUUUUGUUUUUCUUUUUAGUGUGUAAGAAACUGUCUCUGAAACCAUGCGUGAAAAUUGACCUGUCCAACACAGCCUGAUAGCUUCUAAAACCAAUUUUCUCAAAGAUCUUUGGUCCAAUUUCUUAAUAUCGGCUCACUGAAAGUGUUUAGAGGGGCAUUUGCAUUUAAACAAUUUUAAAACGGCACCUGAAAUUAUUCUAAUCUGAUCCUCCCAAUAGAAGCUUGAUAAGCUGUGAUGUGUUCUUUAUUGCUCCUUGCCACCUCCAUUUUGUGAUGCAUUCCUUUAGUGAAGCAAGGCAGGCAUGUUGCAUUGGAGUUGUCUCCGGCAAACCUCCUUGAUGUUGCUAAAGAUUUGUAAAUAUUCAUUAUCCAAAGAGUAAACCACUAAAGUUUGUCAUUCUGCCUCACGUUAGGACCGAUGGCCCAAAGUACUUUACUCUUUGACCAGUCUAAAUUUAUUUUUUAAAAGUAUGCUCUACUGUGGACUGAACUUAUCCUCUUAAAUGUCAAGAUUUUGUUCCUCCUUGGAAAGAAAUGUGCUCUGUUCUGUGUAUCAACUCCUCAGAAUCCUUUUUCUUUUUGUAUAAAUCUGGCUUCAUGAAGCUCAUUAAAAAAUGGUUGGAAAAUGCUCUCCUUUGCCUUUGAUAUUAAAAAGCUCAAUACAAGCCAGGUGAAUGUCUUGGAGUGGAUAGCUGGGGUUUUAGCAUCUGGGAUCCUAACUAUUUUUCAUUAGGCAAAUAAAACUUAGUAUAGAUAAGCUAACAAAGAUGAAACAUUGCUGUUGUGGUAUAGAAAGCCAUGGCUCUGUAUAAUGCUUCAUUGGAUCCAAGAGUUCUCUGCUAGCAAUUACGGAAACCAACAAUGUCCUUGGAGAAUGAAGUGUUGUGCCUUCCGACUCAAGAAUCCUGAGAUGAAAGCUGCUCUUGACUAGGUCAUUUGUGGAGAUAGGCCUGUAAUGUGAGGUAAAACCUUUUGCUCUCCUGUACGCAUCCUACAACAGUUCUCAUUGUCCAUGUUUUCUUCGAAUGUUGCCUCGACCAGUGAUUACAUCAAGAAUCUGUUCAAUCCUGUUCCACAACCCUAAAAAAACACUUCCUCUUCCUCCUUUAAAAAGCUGCAUGAUGACUUUUUUUUUUUUUUAAUAGUGUGCUCGUGUUUGGUGGAAAGUACCUCAUGUGGCCUUUGAAAUGAGAGAUUAAGUCCCUGUUCUGAUCGCAAAUUUUUGUCUGCACCAACUUUAAAGAUUAUUUUUGGUCAGUUGUAAGUCACCCUUGUCAAAAGAUUAGAAAUUUUGAAGAUGUAGCUUUUGCCACCUCAUCGUCUUGAGUGAUUCACUAUGGAGACUCGUUUUUUUAAAAACCGUUUGGCCCUUUUAUUUUUUUAACAUUCACAAUUUUGUACCAGUUUUCCGCACUUGUUUAGUCUAGAAGUGUUUGUAGCAACUUAUUUUGGAAGAUAUUUUAAAUGCAUGAUUUGUCUUUAUUUGUUGUUUACAUCUUCUGUAUACUCAAAUACCCUUUUAUUUUUCAGAUUGACUCCCUGGACGUGUUAUAUUUGAGAACUAGAGGCGCAAGAUAACCUUUGAUGAAAUGACUUCAUUUUCAUGGCAAAAAACACAAAGAGAGCUCAUGGAAAUCCCUGCUGUGCAGAUGAACCCAUCUCUCCCAAAAGAAAGCAGAGAAAGUGUCAAAAUGCUUGCAAAAUGAACAAUCAAUCUUCCAUCUAGAUUGAAGUUUAUUAUUUUGCUGAAAGCAGUAUUUCUGUACAAAUGUGUUGAAUGACAGAUCAAUUCAAUAAAGCUUUUUUUUACGUC